AUGUAUCGGCCAAAAACUCUCGAAAUGUCUAGUUCUGCCACAGAGGAGAAAAAACGAAAACACAAAACCCUUUUGAGACUCGGGAACCUACGGCAGAGGCACAGCGGUUACACUUCUGUUCCUCUACUAUUUAAUGCCGGAGCCAGACGUGCCAUGUCCAGGUCAUCUGGUGCCUGUAACCUCAAGCGGAGCAAAUAUGGAACACGGAACCGACAUGGAAACCUUAGUGUUUACUCGCUGUUAUGUGCUGCAGAUGUCUUUCAUAAAGAGUGCUUGAAUGACUGGGCAAGCCGCAUGGCUCCAAACACAGCCCCUGCAGGGUACAAGUGUCCAGUAUGUUCCUCGCCUGUAUUUCCUGCCCCUAAUUUAGUGUCGCCAGUUGCUGAUCGUCUACGAGAGAUGAUUUCCAUCUAUCCCUGGGCACAGACUGGUCUAGGUUUGCCUUUGAUUAAAGAAACACAAAAUGAGGGAGCAUACCAUCAAGAUUGGAGUGUUGUCAAUGGUAGUGUCACCUCUGAGUCUGAGAAUCAGGACAGUGUCAUUGUUGACCCCUCUUUAUUGGCAAGUACGAAGCCAAAGGCGGAAACAUUUAGGCCGCAGACUCAGAUUCAUUCCCAAGGACUCAGCAGCAAUACUAGUACUGUGAGCGGAAGUAGCAACAGUAGCGUUCGUGUCACAUCCAUGGAAGACCCUCUAGUCACUCCUUCACAAUAUAGAGGUGAAGGCCACCAUAAUAAUUUAAGUAGUGUACGCAAAGGCUCUUCCUCAGAGACACGCCUCUUAUUUAACACUGAUGGUGAUGCUGAUGAUGAGGAAAACAAGUACAAGAGAAGAUCAGCUAUUGAAUGGUUUAGCAGGUGGUGGAGAACAAUGAGCCGUCCAUCAUCACGACACCACCAGAGGCUGCUUGGAGGAAGUCGACGAAUGGUCAUGAUCCUUGUCCUAUUGGCUGGUGCCACCUUGCUUGUUAUCCUGUCAUACUUCAGCCAUGGAGCAUCUGAUGAUGAUCCACUCUUAGAUCCAUUCAAUAACCCAAAUAUUCGUAUUGAGGCCGAGUAAGUUUGUAGGUGGUGGUGGUUUUCUGAAUGGAGAAGUGUAGGUACACUAAAACUGCACCUCUGUUGGGACAGUUAUUAGCCAAAAGUGUCCUUUCAGUGCUAAUUUUUUUAUGAUUUUUAGUUGCUGUUAUAUGAUAAACCAGAAAAAAAUAUUAGACAUUUUGUAACUAAAGACCCAUAUUUUUUUUUCUUUCUUUUUUUUCUUUAUCUUUUGUGUGGGGGGUGUCCUUCAUAGAAAUAAAUACUUUAAGCCCAACUUGAAAUUUUCUUAGACAUGAGAGGCACAAAUUUGUAAGUGGGUCUAUUUUCUGGCCAUUUAUUGAUAAUAAGUAGGAUGGGUUUUACAUUUGAUUUAUGUAUAUUCAUAUUCUUUUCAAUUUUGUUCAGCAGUUUUCACAUCCCUUUGAGGGCUGAAUUUUAUUGUUUCAAAUGUAACUAUGCAGCUUCUUGUGGGAAAGUAAACUCACAACCAAUCUUCCAGCACCUGUUUCCCUUUUGGAAGUAAAUUUCACUGUAAUUCUUUUGUAGGGAAAAUUGCUAUCAUUAAGAAAGUUUCCAGAUAUAUUUUAUUAGAUGUAUCUUUAAACUAGUAUAAAGUGCAUUGAUUUUACAGUUGAGUUAUAUUUUGGUUAAUGUGUUGUUUUUAUGUAAUGUCAAUGGAGAUAUAUUGAUAUUGUUCAUAUUGUUUUGUGCUUAUUAUUGGUAGAUCUGGUAAGUCUCCUAGUUUUGUUUUGGGGUUGGACAAAACAAUAUGAGGAAAAUUAUUACUCAAUCAUUAUUGCAUAAAAAAAGUUAAAUAUUUGCAGGGACCAGAGAUUUUUCUUUUUCUUUUCUAUUUCAAAGCUUUACAUUAGACAGGUAGGUAUUGGUGUAGAAUCAACAAUGAUUAGAAGAAAAUGUCUCAUGUUCCACAAAGCACAUAUAUGAUAAUGCCAAUUGCUUCAGGAAAUGUUGGCCAAAAAUAUACCUAUAAGAUCUUGCAUAAUUUUUUACUUUAGUUUUUCAUAGAUUUUUUUGAAUGGUUGAGAUAGGAGAGGAAGGGGGAUAAAGUUGUCCCAUUACUAAGGGGAAUAGCAAGAUACAAUGUUGUAAAAGUAACAAAUGCCAAGGAAACAUAAUGUAUAUUAACGGUAAUGAAUUAUUUUGAAUAAAACUGAAAUUAAAUUAACUGCCUUAAUUUUUAGAAGAAAAUCACUGGAGUACACUAAAACAAUAUUCCAUAAGCAAUACUGCAGAAAGGGUAGUCUGUCCUCUUUUUGUUUGCCCAAUACCACCUAAGUUCAUUCAUUUGCAAGUGAGUUUUAAAUUGAAUAUAUCAAUAUAGAAUCUCUUUACAUACAACAAAUGUGCUAGCUAUCCAAAAGAAUUUACUGAAGAGUUUGGAUUGAAUAAACCAUUAGAGAGGUUUCUGAGACUGCAUCAUUUUGGCACAUAGAUACUGCUUGAUGAAAAUAUAUGAUAGCCAUCCAUCAAAGUCAUAGAGGUAUAUUUUCUCUUUUUAAGAAUAAUGCAUUCAUUCCUUGGAUGAUAAGUACAAUGGAAGCAAGAACUUAGGGUGCUUUUCUCUCCCAAUUGGAAUCAAGUUCCUGAGUUUUAUCUUUAAAAAAAAUCUAAGAAAGGAGUGGUUUGAUGAAUGUUGAAUUGCAAUUCAAGUUGGCAUAUCUCCAGUUGAAAACCUUUUGUAAGCAUAAAACCACUUCUAUCCCAAGCUUUAGGUAAUGAUUGAGGAAGUGUGGAUUAACCUUUUGAAGAAACACCUGGAAAAUAGUGCUUUGUUUGUACAAAAAUGCACAUUAACUGGCAUCUGAAUGCAACAAAAUCUUAGAUAUAAGGAAGUACAAGAUAACAACUGUUUAAAGUGCAUUUGAUUGUCACUUCAAAGUUACUAUCCUCAGGGUGCCCACAGUUUUUGUUUAUGUUGUACUUUGUCCAAGUUUUCUUUUCUUUUCUUGAUUUUCUUUUUUAUUCUUCUUUUGAUUCCUGAACUUCAUCUUACCCUGUUCCUUCUUUUGUUUUUCUUUCUUUUCUUUCCUUCAUUCCCUUUUCCAUCUCCCUAAAAGUUGUCAUCUGUACCUCCGAUGUUUCAUCAUAUAAAAAAAAUCAGUGACAGUGGUUGUCUUCAGUGCAAGCUCUUACAAUAUAUAGUUUAUUGCAUCUUUGUAUAUAUUUUUAAAAGUAUCUUGUUGGGUAUAAAACAUGCCCAUAUGAAAACACCAAAGGGUUUGUUAUAGGAAAAAUUAUGGAACCUGCAAGAGUGUUAACACUAUAAGUGUGGUUAGAUUUUUUAAACAGAAAGAAUGCAAAGGCUGUUUAGUUAUUUGUAAUAUGAAGAAAAUUUUACUCAGUGCAAUAGUAGUAUGUUAUCAAGAAGCCAACAAGUACUGUAGCAACAAGUACUGUGAUUAAGUUUUUGAUCACUCAGUAUUCAUCCUUGUUACUUUUAAUGGAAAUUCAGUUACACUUCAUUUUUUAUGAAUGUGUCUGAAUUUGUGUGUUUAGGUUUCAUCUCAUUUAUUUAUUAUUUUUAUUGCAUUAACUAAUACAGAAAGAAAUAUUGGUUGAAUAUUGAUAGAAUGAUUUGUUUUGAUAUGAUUUUCCCUAAAAGUAUUUUUAUGUAAAAUGCAUGUACAUAAUAAUUUUGGUAGCAUGGCAGUUCAUCUUUCACAGAAAAAAGAGUUAUGACAUUUUUAAAUAUAGAUUAGAUUAAAAUGUCAGAUAUGUGGGUUUUUUCAUCUUAACCAAUUAUCUAUGUAUAUAUUGUAUCCAAAAAUCAUAGUAUGCCAGAAGAUAUACAAAACUAUUUAAUGAAAUAUAUGUUUUAAGGUUUAA